AUGGUGGAUUCACCUCGCAUCUUGCGGCCACGUCCCCGCCGCAUGUUUGACGUGACCCCGGCCUCGAAUGAGUCCUCCGAGCCCGCAACGCCCGCCGAAGCAUCCAACCCGGACUUGCUGAGCCCCAAUCUCCAAGAUGGCGAAUCGAACUCGACCAGCGUCAGCCGGACCGGCUCAAUCCUGAAUCUGACCUCCUCGACCCUCUACGGCAUUUAUAAGCCCACCGCAUUCGAUAGCUAUCGGGAUGAGUCCAGCCCUUGGGGCACAGAAGCUCACACACCUGUCUCCGAAUACCCUCCCGAGCCCUCGCAACAGGCGGCUGUGAAAACCGCCACAGAGCCCCGUGAGUUUGCACUGCGACGUACGCGUUCGCGACUUAGCCAUGGGAUGUUUCGCGGGGUGAUUCUGCCCCAGGCACUGAGCAGUGCGCUGCUGUUUGGAUUCGGUAUUGUUUACGGGGUGAUCACCAUUAAUCUGCAUGACAAUCACUGGAUCACGCCCGUGAAGCUGGAAAAUGUCCACUACUACGACUCAUGGCAAUACCUCGGAUUCUGGGGAUUGGCGGGCAUCGCUUUGGGCAACGUUUUGCCUUGGUUGGACAGCUGGCGUGAACGCGAGCUCGAAGAGGCUGACAAGUCCAAGCGUGCGCGCAAUGAGGAUAAUGACCAAGAGCGUACCCCGUCUUGGGUGACUGUGGCACGCAGUGUUGGAGCCUUUGUCGGUAUCGCCUUCGCCAUGCGACGACUUCCCUGGGAAUCCACUACACAAGCUUCGCUGACCCUCGCCCUGGCAAACCCUGUCCUCUGGUACCUCAUCGACCGAACUUCCACUGGUUUCCUUUUGUCGACAUUCGUUGGUGUGACUGGGAUGAGUGCUGUUUUGGGCCUCAAGCCUGAACUGAUCCCUGCCUCUACCGGGCCCUCAGUGGGCUCUUCACUACUGAAUGGAACUGGAUGGGAGAACACCCUCGGAGCUGGAGUCACACAGGAGAGCAUUGCGGUUCGCACCUGGGUUGCCAGCGUUAUUUUCUGUGCUUGCGUCUGCUUCGGAAACAUUGGUCGCCAGCUGGCGAUCGGAGCUGGAAGCAAAGAUACCCUGAAGCCCUGA